AAACAAAAAUUUUCUCUGCCAGCUGUCAUUACCUCACGAAAAAAUCUUCAACAUAAAAAAUUUGUAAACAACCAUUUCCUAAAAAAAAAUAUUUUCAAUCUAAAUCUCUUAAUCAAUUUCAAAUCGUUAAUUUUGUAAUUAAUUUUAUAGUAAUUGGCUUUAACCAUUCCAUGAUAUGUAACUCUCGGUAUAAAGACGGGCUAAAUCUUGAAACUUUGUUUUUUUUUGUUGAAAAAGAAAAUUUCCAGUGUUGUAUUCGUCGCAUCCUCAAACAAAAAGAAGUAAUGAAUAUGGAGCUCAGUUUAUUUUAUCGCAAGAAAAUCUUUCCCUAGUCAUCUUUUUUUUUAAGAACAAACACGGUUUUCUCUCUUUCGAAAAAAUAAAUCAUCCAAAUCAAACCUUCAAUCAGAUCACAACUCCUGUUCUGUUUCUCCGUUGUCGGCGUCGUCGUUUUGUUUCUUUCUUGUGUCAAAAAGUUAAAUCUUUAGUUGUUUUGAAAUGCACCAUUGUUCUCUCCAAUUUUUUUUCUUAUCUGCCGAGUAGUCUAGAUUUCAUUUCGUGACAACCAUCAACGUCUCCCACAUCAGUUUCAUAGUCUAAACCAGUUAAGCUCGUCAGAAAUAAUUCGUCUUUAUUUGUAUCUGUUGUGUAAUGUUUUCCAACGGUCUUCCUUGUAAUUUGCCAUUUCCCAGCUGUCUUGGUGUUCCCAAGGAUAGUGGAAGUGACGAACUCUUGCCUGCUAAUAUGGGAAAUCGAGAGCCAGUCAUCCUGAAUGUCUACGAUAUGUAUUGGAUAAAUGAAUAUACCACCUCCAUUGGGUUAGGAGUUUUCCAUUCGGGAGUUGAAAUAUUUGGGACAGAAUUCGCUUACGGCGGUCAUCCUUUUCCAUUCACGGGAGUUUUCGAAAUUACUCCUCGUGACCAUGACGAACUUGGUGACCAGUUUCAAUUCAGACAAAGUAUACAAAUCGGAUGCACAGACUUUACAUACGAAGAAGUGCGGCGGAUAGUCGAAGAGUUAGGCAAUCAGUUUCGAGGGGAUCGGUAUCAUUUGAUGAAUAACAAUUGCAAUCAUUUUUCUAGCUCACUUACACAGAUCCUUUGCGGCCAAGAAAUUCCAAGUUGGGUCAAUCGAUUAGCGCAUUUUAGCUCAUGUGUGCCAUUUUUACAAAGAUGCUUGCCGAGGGAAUGGCUAACACCAAAUGCCUUACAACAAUCUAUCACAGCAAUACAGGAUCGUGAUUCUGAUACCAGUCCACUUUGAGAGCAG